AUGUCUGACUUCUGGUUCGGAUCCUCCGGCGCCACCGCGUCCAGCCCUAGUUACUUCCCCGCUCCCUUCGGCGUCGCUCCCUCCUCUUCCUCUUCGUCGACGUCGUCGGUGUCCUCUGCUCCUACAUCCUCCUUCGGAUGCGGCCUCGCGGGGGCCGUGCCGGUGGGGACACCCUUCGGUGCGCCGCGGUUGGCCGGCGACGAUGACUCGUGGCUAUUAGGAAGGUUUAAGCGCGGCGGAAGCCCCGGUCCGUCGCCGUUCGGGUCCAGUUCUCCUUCGCGAUCCUUUGGCUCGUCGGCGAGCUCUGCUGCUUCUCCGUUCGAUACGCCUGCGCCUUCUUCCGGUGCGCGCUCAGGUUGGGGCUCGUUUGGGACGCCUCAAUCCGCGGCGAGUUCUGGAUCGUCCUUGUUUGGAGCGGCCACUGCCGAUGCGCCGCCGUUCGGGGUGGCUUCGAGGCUCUGGAGCGUCCUCCCCUUCGCCGCCGCCGCCGCCGCCUCCAACCCCCGCUCCUCCCCCGCUCCCGCUCCCUGCGGCUUCGCUCCCCACUUUUCCGCUUCGUCGGCGUCCUCUGCUCCUUCAUUCUCAUCCGGCUCCACACCGGCGGCUUCGGCGCCGACGCUCUUCGGCACGCCCUCGUCGGCCGCGUCCGGAGGAUCGUCGCCCUCCGGAAUGGUCCAGCCUGCCGCGAGCCCGUCGCCGGUCGGGCCGAGUUCCCCUUCGCUAUUGUUCGGCUCGUCGGGGAGCUCCGCUUCUUCUCUGUUCGGUACGCCUUCGCCUUCUUCCAGUGCGAGCUCGGGUUCGUCCGUGUUUGGAGCGGCCACUUUCGGUGCGCCUCUUUUCGCAACGUCUUCGAGCGCAAGCUCGCCACUGGUCGGUGCGGCUCCAACGUCGUCAUCGACGUCGACUACAGCCGUCGCUCCGCCUCUGUUUGGAACGCCGUCUUCCUCUGCCGCCGCCUCUGGAGCCUCCUCAUUUGGAGGAACUGCUUCAGCCGCUAGUUCUGGUGCGCCAUUGUUUGGGACAGGUCUGUCCCUGUUCGGCACAACCGCCACCUCCGCGAGUGCAUCGACUCCAUCUGCAGGUGGUUCCGCUUCGGCGUACUCUUCGACGACAUUGCCUUCAUUUGCCGAAGGUGCCUCGUCGGCGGCUGCGAGUUUGACGGCGUCAGCAGUCAGUGCAGGAUCUUCGACGCCUGCUAGUUCCUUCACGGAAUUUGGAGUGACCGCAACACCUGCUUCUUCAGCGACUGCUAGUUCGGUCCCAAGCUUUUCGCGGUCUACCAAAACUUCAACACCAGCUUCAUCUCAAGCACCUUCUGCCACCACCGUCUCUGCUUUUAGUGCCCCUGCUACAACUUCUGCAGGAACAACAGCUUCUAGUGCCAGUACAACUGCAGCUCCUACAUCAUCUCUUGGCGUAGCUUCUAGUAAUGGAACAACAUCAAGCACCAGCUCUGCAGCUGCUAGACCUUCAGAGAUUGUGUCCAUGGCCACGCCGACAUCGACAACUACCACACCUUUGCAGGAAUCAAACAUAGGCGCAGAUGAUCAAUCAAGUGUGCCAACACCAGAACCAGCUGAAGAAUCAACUACUGAUCUUUCAGACGUCGAGCCAGCUGAUCUAGAUGCAGUCGACGAAAUCCUGGGAGUAAUAGAACCAAGAUAUGGAGAGUCCCUCCCUUCUAGUUCUGACCCUUCUGACUCAUUGACGCCCGUCGCUUUCGGUGAUGUUAGGGCUAAAUGGGAGGAGUUAUACCAACUGACAAAAGGAGGGUACUCCCAGAUUGCUUCUAACUCAGCCCUCGAAUGCAGAAUAAAACAUCUGCUUGCUGAGUUGAGUUCUGGCGAAGACUGCUUCACCAAGACUCCUGAAUUUCGGCAUGAGUGCGAAGAGUUUGCCAAACAUUUUGCAUGUGGCACUGAAGUCUAUAGACUGAACUGUGACAAGAUUGAGUCGUCGAUAGCUGCUGAAGAAGGUUUCGACAAACUGGAAGACCGACUGACUGCAGGAAAGCAAACUCUGAAAGAACAUCGCAGUUCUUAUCAGGCUGCCGUGGACAGAAAGGCUGAGCUUACAGAGGAGAAAGAAAGACUGGAAGCGGUUCUUGCUGAAGUUCAACGCCAGAUAGAAUCGACCCAACUUGAAGUUCAGCGUGAAGGGAGGUCUAUGAAGCAACAGCUUCGGGAUGUCGUCACAACCAUGCAGGAAUAUGAUCGACAACAAACGGAAGUCGACAGGCAUUUAUCCAUCAGAAGAGUAUGUGUUGCUAAUAACAAGACAUUGGAUGAAGACCUUUCGGAUUUCAGGAGAAGUGUGAAGAAGUUGAUUGAUGAUCCGGAAUACAUAGUAAUCUAGCUAGCUCUCUUUACAUCUCGACUGUCUGUUUGAAGAAGCUGUAUGUUUCAUUUCUCCUAUAUCUCUUGCAUCUGUCACAUAGUUGGAUAAGAAACUUUUUAGGUACUUGCCAUUAAUCGGUUGUGGUAAUAUUUCACCAUCCAAGUCCAUCAAUCGAUAGGCAUUGCCACUUAGCACA